AUGGAUGAAGCUCUCAACGCUGCUGAACAGGCAACUCGGCGCUUAGCGGAACUGAACCAGGAGGCAAUAAACUACAUGACUGCUCCAGCAUUUAAAAAGGACAAUAAGAAGAGGAAACGCAAACUGGAGAAAUCAGUGCACCAAGCAAAAGAAGAGAUGCUGAAGUUAGCUGAUCAACUCGUUUUAGCCCACUCGGAUUUGGAAGGAAAAGAACUAAAGAUGAAGGAGAUGAUGAAACAGAAUGAGCUAACGACUCUGGAAUGUACGCAGUUUAAAUCUCAGGCAGAAGUCGCAAAGAAAGAUGUGGAAAAAGGUCAACGGGAAUUGGAUUCGCAGAAGAUUUUACUGGACUGUCAGAACAAACUGCACAGCAGCCAGUUGGAGGAACUAAGAAGACAACUUCAGGAAGCACUUGAGCAAAAUGAAAAACUGAAGUCAGAUUAUUCCUCAGACACAUCGGAAAAAGAGAAUCAAGAAAAACCUCUGAGUGAACAGCAGGAUGAAUCCAAAGAAGAAGACUCCCAAGAGGAGCAAGUAAGAAAUGAUGGAUCAGAGACUGAUGUGACACAGUUUGAACGACUGGAGGACUAUUUCAGAAUAUCACUUGUUAAACGGGAACCCAUGAGAGAUCAGGACAAAGAGAGAUGGGAAGAAAGAGAUGAUAUAACUGCUGCUUGUGUUAACUCCAACGGCUUGUCAGCCGAUGCAGGUACAGAAAAGUCUGCUCCAUUUCCUCUUGAUGAUCCUGAGAACAGAGAGCUGUCUGAAGAACCUCAAGAAACAAGCAUGGGAAGCUUUCUCUGCCAGAGAGCUAGUACCCUUGAGACAGUGGAAGAGGCUUAUUUGGAGCGUGAUAUUGAUUUAAGAGAUGAACAGACAAUGGCUGUUGCUAAGACGGAUGAGCUGCAAAAAGAAGUCGCAAACUUGAGAGAAAAUUACAAUCAGAAAUUAAGACUACUCCAAGAUGAGUUCAAUGAAAAGAGGAGCGAGUGGGAAUCAGAAAGAAAUGCCCUUAUUGAACAACUUGAAGAGCUGCGGAGACUUCCAGUGCCCACGGACAUCAGCAAAGACAUUCUGAAGCUGCAAAGGGAUCUCAGCCAAGGGCAUAAGAUUUUGAGGUCCCCAGAUGAGACAGAAGCCAGUGUACACUCUUUGGCAGAUGACGAAUCAGUGCAGUCAUUGCACACUGUCAAGUCUGAUGCGGGUGAUUCAGGUGAAAUUAGUGACUAUGCAGAUCUAGAUGAGAUUAUUGAAGAACAAGCCAGAGCUGUCUCGCAUGCUACUUUGAAUGGGGAUGAAGAUGAGCAUGAAGACCCAACAGAGGAAACGUUUACUGCAAGGUCCUCACCUCAGAUUGACUGUGCUGAACACAGUGGACCAGGGAGAACCACGACAAUGCAACACGUGCCUAACACUGAGCUAACAGCUUCAGACCUUACCUUUCACCCACUGACUGAGGAAUACAUCAAACUGUACUCGAAGAUUAUCGAGUUUAAAGAUUACGUCAGCAAAAUAUUGUUUGAAAAGGAAAUGAUCUCUGCUGCUCAAGCAUUUCAAGAGAUUGCAAUGGUGAGAUACAGCCCAGAUGUGGACAUCUUAGGCCAAGUUUGCUCCAUGGCCAGUAGCAGUCAGCGUAUCCUAAAUGAAUUCUUGACAGUCCUCAGUGCCUUGUUAAACACAGAAGAGAGGGAGUGUGCUGUAUCAUCCUUUGAUGGGUCAUCCCGUGAGAGAACAACCAUCAGUUUCAAUGCCUCUGUACAGGAUAAGACCAGCCUGAAUUCCUUUCAAGACAUUGCAGAGAAUACUGUUUUCCAUUCCAGAGUGGAGUAUGCGGAGAAAUCAUCUCAAACCGAGUUUCAGGAUAAAAUGCAACAACUGCAACAGCAAUUUGAUGAGAAGACUCAGCAAUAUGAAGAGGAGAAAUACCGAAACAAGCAGCUUCUCAUCGAGGCCAAGGACCAGAUAACUUGCCUGCAACAAGAAAUGGAUGCAUUCAGUCAAACAAAGAUACCACAGGACACAACAGAAGGCUGCCCUGUAACAGAUGAACUGCAGGAUCCUGAUUUGACUGUCUUAUUCAUGAGAACAGAUGCAGUACAUAAUACCAGAGUUUUAAGGCAGGGUCUCAACAGGAACUUUGUCUCCAAAGACAAUUACAAGAAUGCAAUUCAGAACAUGGAAGAAUAUAUUGGCUUACAGAAGAAGAGAUUCAAUCAGUUAGUAAUGCAAUAUUCUCAGUAUGUCAUCUUAAAAGAAACAGAAGAAAACAUCAUACGCAAAGUUGCUGCCUCACAGGAUCAUCCAGAAGUCUUCAAAAGAAUGGAGGAGCUACAUGAAAAGAAAAGGCAAAUAUGGAAUGAACAAUCCUUAAAAUUUACAGAACAAAGGUCAAAGCUUGCCAACACUUUAAUGAGCACCUUGGAAAACAUUGAGGAGGAAUCUGGGUUGUUCUUAAUAAAGCCAUUACUAUCCUGGAAAGGAAGGCCUGCUUGCAUGAAAAACAAGAUUAAAGUAAGUUUGCGUCGAAAACUCUCAAUAAAGAACAAGCAGAUUCUCCAAGUACCUGCACCUUCUUCUGCACUUUAUGAACAAGCUGUUCGCUCUUCAAACGUCGCUUCCUCUAUGCAGCAGUUAUCAGGUCUUCCUAGGAGCAUCCAUGAAGGACUUCAAUCAAUCUAUUCAAACAACAAGCCAGUGUGUGUUCAGCAGUAUCUUCAGGGUGUUUGGGAAAGGGAUACUGCUUACCCACGACCCUUGACACCAUCCGAAAAAUUGUUUUUCAACACUUCACGAAUUCUAGAACUAGAUUUAAAACGAAUUCAAAUUGCUCAGCAAAACGUCAGUUGCAAGAAACCAGAGGAAACACUGCAAGAAACAAAAGGGAAGAAUUCACCACACAGCAAACUCCGAAGCUACUUCGCAAUAAAGCAUCCAUCAUUGCUGCACAUACCUUUACCAAAGAGCUCUCUCAAAAUUGAAGAGUUAACUAUACAGAGACUUCCAUCCAUACAGACAUCAUCUGAAAUUAGUUUCAGACAACACAAAGGCAAAGAAAUGCACAACGAUGUCAUUGACCAAAAUAUCUCCUCGCUCCAUGGUUCAUCUCUCUCCUCUAAGCAAUGGUGUCAGUCAGCCCCGCAGCAACAACCAGACAAACAAUUGGACAAGGCUUCAAAGGGAAUGUCAUCUCUGUCACCUCAGAGACCCUGUCACCUUUGA